GAAAUAAAUCCUUCGAAUCUGCCUGUUCAGUUUCUGUUUGAAUGUGAAGGGUUACAUGAAAAAAGCUCGUCUGGCCCUCUAUGCGAUUCACAGAGGGCCCGCUAUAGUAAAACAACGAGAGAGUAAUGUCAAGUGACAGUACAAUUGACCAAUCAUAUCUUCCCUCUAAAUGGGAGGGCUUUAUUAUCGCGGACUUUAUGACAAGUUCCGCCCGCUGCGCUGCCAAGUUUAUGCAUGUGAUAUAUCAACGGGUCAAGCUAGGCGGAAUUAGCAUACGUUCAUUCACGAUGGCUCACGUUAGUGAUAGUGAUGACAUCGUUGCGAAACUACUAACCGAGUCUUUUUCAAGAAUGAGUUACACGGAUAAAUUGGAGUUAAUUACCAAAGGGCGACCAACACCACAGCUUAAUUUGGUUCAAAAAACCAAACGGUUCGAGAGGCAUUUUAAUAUCGGCAAUUACGCCAGAUACAACUGGAUGACCGGAUCAACCAGGGAACACAAGCUGUACUGCUGGGAUUGCUUGCUUUUUGGAGCGGACAGUGGGUCAUGGGCCAGAGAUGGAUAUUCUGAUUUAGGAAGUUUAUCCAAAUUAGCACAUCGCCAUCAGAAUGCUUCAGGUCACCUCAGAGCUACUAUUCGGCUUAAAACAUUUGGGGACACCAGGAUAGAGCUCCAGCUGGAUGAGCAACAACGCCGGGGUGUCAUCCUUCAUAAUGAAAAGGUGAAGAGGAACCGAGGAAUUUUGAAACGCCUGAUAAAUUGUGUGGUGUACUUGGGCAAGCAGGAGUUGCCGUUCCGAGGUCACGAUGAGAGUGUAACUUCAUCAAACAAGGGGAAUUACAUAGAGUUGCUGGAUUUAGUGGCAGAAUAUGACAGCGACCUGCACACACACCUCGCCACAUCAACAGUAUUUACCGGCACAUCUUCAAGGAUUCAGAAUGACCUGAUCAGCGCUGUCGCUAGUGUAAUGACGGAUAGCAUGAAAGAGGAGCUGAGGAAGGCACCUUUUGUUGCGGUCAUGUUGGAUGAAACGACAGACAUUAGCAACGUGGCGCAGAUGUCAUAUGUGCUUCGAUAUGUCACUGACGAUGGGAUAAAAGAGCGUUUCUUCAAGUACGAAGAUGUGACAGAGGACAAACGAGCAGAGGCCAUAGCUACACGGCUGCUGGAGUUCCUGAGGGAGAGUGGCUGUAUUGACAAAGUGGUCGCGCAGUGCUACGAUGGAGCAGCUGUUAUGGCCUCUGGAUUGAAUGGGGUGCAAGCGAAAGUUAAGGAAACAAUUCCACAGGCCCUUUUCAUUCACUGCUAUGCUCACAUCUUAAAUCUCGUUUUGUCAAAUGGAGCUUCCAAGAUAAGAGAGUGUAAGGUCUUCUUCUCCCACCUCUCUGGCUUGGCCACCUUUUUCAGCCGCUCAGCAAAGCGCACCAAGCUACUGGAUGAUAUUUGCCAGCAUAGGCUUCCACGGGCAGCUCCUACUCGCUGGUGCUUUCAUUCUUGCUUGGUGUGCACAGUGGCAGAUAAGACCAGGGAAUUGAGAGAGGUGUUCGAGCACAUCGUAGACCAUCACACAGAGUUUGAUGACGAAACUGUUCAUUGCUCUGAUGGAUACAUCACCCUCCUUACCAGCUUCGAUUUCAGCUUUUGGUUGAAAACCUUCCACGCUAUCUUCUCCUACUCGGAUGUUGUUUUUGAAAUACUUCAGAACAAAGGUUUUGAUAUGCAGUUCUGCCUGGCCAGAGUGGAUCAGCUACAGCGACAAAUUGAACAGGAGAAGGGGAACUUUGACAGCGUCUACGAUGAAACCCAGGCUUUGGUUGGUCCUCCGCGCGGCCGUGGAGCUCAAGGAGACGUUCGUGCACGGUACAGGGAGCUCCACUGCAGCGUAAUUGACAGCCUGCUAACCCAGAUUUCCAACCGCUUCAGUGACCACAAAAAGCUGGAAUUCCUGGCCCUUCUGGACCCGCAACAGUUUGGGCAUUACUGUAACUAUUUCCCAACUGCUGCCUUGAACAGUUUGAUGGAGAGCUAUGGCGGAUAUUUCGACCAGCCUCGACUGCACACGGAACUCGCCGUGAUGUACGGCAUGUCUGACAUUUUGGGGAAAAGCCCAGCCGACAUUCAUCAGUUUCUCCUCAAAAAAGGACUGAGUGAAAGCAUGAAACAGGUGUACACCCUCUCAUCCAUCAUCCUGACAAUACCUGUGUCCACUGCCUCUGUGGAGAGGUCCUUCUCUGCGCUGUAGCGCAUAAAAAGCUACUCGAGGUCCACGACUGGGCAAGUCCGACUGUCAGACUUGGCCUUAAUUUCGAUCAAGAAGGAAUUGCUGAUUGCUUUAAAAGCAAAGGAUCACCUGCAUGACGACGCCAUCAAGUUCUUCAUCCAAAAAGACAGGAGGAUGGACUUUUGUGAGAGGGAGGAGCGAGAUAGGGAUUUUCAGCUCAGGAGGGAGCUGGAGAUCAGGAAGUUGGAGGCAGACACUGCUGUCUGGAUUGCGUCAAUUAGAGAUUCAGGCAGCUGGGGGAAGGUGGAGGACCAGCGGCAGGUUACUGUGCUACGAGAUAGUGGUGGCUCACAGUCAUUCAUUCUUGCCAGGGCUCUGCCUUUGAGUACUGAGUCCGCCUGUGAUACCAGUGCCGUGGUAAGAGGUAUCGAAAUGGGUUUUGUGCCCGCACCUCUACACAAUGUCCAUGUCCAGUCUAAACUGUCUACGGGUUUCUUCACAGUUGCUGUACUCCCCAAGUUUCCUAUCGACGGUGUGGAUUUCAUAAUGGGAAACGAUAUAGCCGGAGGUAAAGUGUAUCCUACUCCAGAGGUUGUUGACGUUCCUGAUAGAUAUAUAGAUGAUAACCUAGCUCUGACUCAUCCGGAGGUAUUUGCAGUUAGCGUUUUGACCAGAGCUCAGGCCCGUAAGCAGGCUCAGGAGGUGGAUUUGUCUGAUUCUUGGUUUGUUUCUGCCCUAUCUAACGACAGGUUGACCUCUGUUGAUGGAUUAGUGGAGGGCCCUCCAACAGUGUGUGAUGGUAAAAUGGAGCCUGUCACUAUUGCUCCAGAGGUGGCUAUGCCUUUGACCCGUGAGGCGCUCAUCACGGCACAGAGAGAUGAUCCUACCUUGAUCAAGUGUUUUGACGCUGCUGAGAACCCUAACGAAUGCAAUAAGAAACAGUUGUUUUUUGUGGAUGAUGGGGUGCUGAUGCGCCGGGAAGCUUCCCAGGGGGAGCAGCAAGGUACUGUGGUGACUGCUGUUCCCAGAGUGGCCACUUCCCUAGCCUGUGCAGUGUCGAUGGUUGAGGAUGAUUUGAUAGUGCCUUCUGGUGGUCAGCAGUGUGGAGCCUCGCUAACAGUGAAUCUAGCAAAGUGUGAGUUUGGCAAGGCCACUGUCACCUAUCUAGGCAAACAGAUGUUCAACCACAACCAGCGGUUGAUGCGCUGGGCCCUGUUGGCACACGACUACAACAUCAUCAUCAAAUACAAGAAGGGAGCAGAUAAUGUGGUGGCCGAUGUACUGUCCCGUGGGAGCUCAGGACCCCAGCCACUGGACCAGGGAGAGGCCAUGCAUGAGGCUAUCGGGGGGAGGCCUUCUAUUGAGCCUCCUAUCCUCUUUGACUCAUGCGAUGGGGAGAACCCGGCACCUGCGGCUGCUGUGGCCUCUGAUGGAUCGACGGCUGCAGCUGUCCAGGCAUGGGAGGAGGAGGAGGCCCAGCCUGGCUCAAGCAGCCUUGACGUUGAGCCAUCAACCCCUGCCGCUCCACCCCCCAGAAAGAAACAGAAGGAAGAUCCAUUCCUUGAUUUUGUGAAGGCGGAGGCUGCCAGGGAAGAAGAGAGGUUCAAGGCCUCUCAACAGGCGAAUGAAGCAUCCACCAAAAGAUUCCUUGACCUUUUCGAAAAGCUUGUGAACAAAUAA